AUGAGUCGCGUUCGUACGAAAACUGUGAAGAAGGCAUCGCGUGUGAUCAUUGAAAAGUACUACACAAAGAUCACUCAUGAUUUCCACACCAACAAACGGAUUUGUGACGAGGUUGCUAUCAUUGGCAGUAAGCAGCUGAGGAACAAAAUUGCUGGGUAUAUAACCCACUUGAUGAAGCGUAUUGAGAAAGGCCCCGUUCGUGGUAUAUCCAUUAAGCUUCAAGAAGAAGAACGUGAGCGGCGAGACAACUACAUGCCUGAGAUUUCUGUUGUUUCACCGUCCGUAAUCGGACAGGUUAAGGUUGACCCCGUUACGAAGAGCAUGUUGGAGGCAAUGGUAAGUUCUCUGACUACUUUUAUUUAA